AUGGCAGACAAGACAAAGGUUGCAGAACAGUAUUACGCUCCUCCUCCGGAUCUAGGAAAAUGGGAGUCACUCAGGAUUUUCCUGUGGAACUCCGAGACCGGACAAUUCCUUGGCCGCACGGGAUCGAGUUGGGCUAAAAUCCUGCUGUUCUACCUGAUCUUCUAUGCGAUCCUCGUGGGCUUCUUCGUUGCUAUGCUGGCAAUCUUCUACCAAACCCUGGAUUCGAAGAUGCCAAAAUGGCAGCUGGAAGGUUCUCUGAUCGGAAAUAAUCCAGGACUUGGCUUCAGGCCCAUGCCAGAUUCUGCCAACGUGGAGAGUACCCUAAUCUACUACAGGGCGAAUGACAAGGGCUCUGUUCUGAAGUGGGCUAAAAUCAUUGACGAGUUCCUUGAUGAAUACCGCAAGAAGGGAAGCGGCAGUGGAGAGGCAAGUGGCGCUGAAAACCGAGUGCCCUGCUCUCCCACCAGUUCAGUCACCAGUGAGAAGCAAGUCUGCGAUGUACCGGUCGAUGACUUUUAUCCCUGCACAUCUGCCAAACAGUAUAAUUAUGAGGAAGCUGGACCUUGUGUCUUCUUGAAGCUGAAUAAGAUUUUCAACUGGGUGCCACAGCCAUACAACAACACCGAGGAACUACCUUCCAAUAUGCCGGAUGAUCUCAAACAGCACAUCAAGACAGUUUCUGGCAAACCUGAGGCAAACACAGUGUGGGUAUCUUGCGAGGGAGAAAACCCUGCGGACGUAGAGAACAUCGGGGCAGUACAGUACAUACCCCGGCGGGGCUUCCCCGCUUAUUACUACCCUUUCAAUAACAAGGAGGGAUACCUCAGCCCUCUUGUGGCUGUGUACUUCGAAAAGCCCAGGACGGGUGUGCUCAUCAACAUCGAGUGCAAGGCGUGGGCGAAGAACAUCCAGUACGACCGCUAUGAGCGGCGUGGCUCGGUCCAUUUCGAGCUGAUGGUAGACCAUUAUUAA